GAGAAAAGGUGAGCACUACCAUCAGUCCUGUGUCAUGCCAACAAUGAAGCAUCCUGAGACCAUUUAUGUGUGGGGUUGCUUCUCAGCCAAGGAAGUGGGAUCACUCACAGAUUUGCCUAAUUAAUAAAGAAUGGUAUCAAAACAUCCUCCGAAAGCAACUUCUCCUUCUCCAGUGGCGAAGUCUCCAGUAUACUCUUCUGGAGUAUAGGCAAACUUCGUGAAAACCAAUACUUGUGUCACUCUCAAAACUUUUGGCCAGGACUGUACACGCAUUUGUACUGUGACACGUCAGCACGUCCGGGCGUGCUAUCGUGAGGUUUUUUUUUUUAUUCUAGUUUUGGAGGCGGGUCAGACCCUGGCGCCCCUACAAAUUGGGCUAAGUACGCAAUACUUACCGGGGUAUUGGUCGUAGUGAAUAUGCCGCCCCCCAUGUUUACUUAGCUGCAUUGUAACGAGUACCUUGUAUUUACGUAUUCAUCGAACGGACUAAAAAAUAUAUAGUAGUCCUACAGACAUGGUGUGUUUUGGAUGCAGCCUAUCCUAUAAUAUAUUAACGGAUUAAACGGGGAUCUAUUUUAACUGUAUUAACUCUUUCUAUAUUGCUACUCCGGCGUUUAUUCUUCGCGUAAUUGCGCCCGGUGUUCAAUAACAUUUGUUUUUUUAAUACACGCAACUUAAAGGAAAGGCAUGUUUUUUCCCCUGAAAUACUCGCUAUUUGGCCUAAUUUAAAUGCACAGCUGGGUGACGCGCCGGACACCUCUGUAAUAACGCGGGGCAGCGGGGUCCCUUUAUCUGCCUCGAUCCCCACCCCGCUCAUGUGACUUACGGAACCAUCUCGCUCUCAAAACAGCCGCGUUUAGAAGCGGGCUGCCGCUUGCGCGUCAAAGGCUCUGCUUCACCCUGUCGCCCUGGCUGUCCCCUUCACACAUGGCUGAAAGCCACAAGGCGGCUCCGCACCUCCGACUCCGCUGCCGAGAGAAUGUCCUUGAAUUCCUGGAUAGAAAGCACUUUCACAAAGCGGGAGUGUGUGCGCUUCGUUCCUGUCUCCAAGGAACCUCACAGAUGUCUGCCAGGAUGUCAGAUUUGCCAGCAGCUGUUACGGUGCCACUGUGGCCGGCCGGCCCGACAGCAUGUGGGCUCGGACGCCAUGCCUUGCGGCGGGAGCCUGGAUGAGGAGAGGGAGACACAGCAGGAGUGGUCGGUGUGCAGGGACACCGUGGAGCGGCCAACCGAUGCGUACGGCGUGCUCAAUUUCCAGGGGGCCUCUCACACCUACAGAGCCAAGUUCGUACGCCUGUCUCACGACUCCAAACCCGAGUUGGUGUUUCAGCUCUUGCUCAGAGAGUGGCAGAUGGAGCUUCCGAAGAUGGUCAUCUCUGUCCACGGCGGAGCACGCAACUUUGGCCUGCAUCCUCGCAUCAAGCAAGUGGUGGGCAAGGGCCUGGUUCGAGCUGCGGCCUCCACCGGAGCCUGGAUCCUCACCGGUGGCCUGAACACAGGUGCCGCAAAACAUGUCGGUGACGCCUUGAAAGAGUACUCCUCCAAGUCGUCAUGGAAACUGUGCACCAUUGGCAUCGCACCAUGGGGGAUUAUCGAAAACCGGGAGGACCUCAUUGGAAGACAUGUGGUGCCCUAUCAGACACUGCUGGCUCCCUUGAGCAAGCUGGACGUGUUAAACAGCCUGCACUCACACUUCCUGCUGGUAGACGACGGUACCGUGGGCCGGGCCGGCGCCGAGGUCCAGCUGCGCAGGGAUCUGGAACGGCACAUCAGCCUACAGAGGAUCCACACCAGAAUCGGGCAGGGGGUGCCGGUGGUGGUGCUGAUCCUGGAGGGCGGGCCCAGAGAGAUCCAGACGGUGCUGGACUACGUGCAGGAGAGCCCCCCCGUGCCUGUGGUGGUGUGUGAGGGCACGGGCCGAGCGGCCGACAUCCUGGCCCACAUCCACAAGCAGACAGAGGAGGGCGGAACUCUCCCCGAUGGUGUCGAAAACGAAGUGAUCGCCACCAUUAGGAAGACCUUCAGCCUCACACGCAGUGGUGCAGUGCAGCUCUUCCAGGUGCUGAUGGAGUGCAUGAAGCACAAGGAGGUGAUUACUGUGUUCUCUGUGGAUUCGGAGGACAAUCAGGACAUCGACGUUGCCAUACUGAGGGCAUGGCUCAAAGGCACUGAUGCGUCUCCCUUCGACCAGCUGGCCCUUACACUGGCCUGGAACCGGGUCGACAUCGCUAAGAACCACGUGUUCGGUUAUGGGCAACGGCUGCUGGUGAGCUCCCUGGAGCAGGCCCUGCUGGACGCCCUGGCCAUGGACCGCGUGGAGUUUGUGAAGCUGCUGGUGGAGAAUGGCGUCAGCAUGCACCGCUUCCUGACUAUCGCCCGACUGGAGGAGCUCUACAACACGAAGCAGGUUCCAUCCAGCAGCACCCUCCUGCAGCUGGUGAGGGAUGUUAAAAAGCGCCGCCUGCCAGCCAACUACAAAAUAACCCUGAUUGACGUGGGCCUCGUCAUCGAACGGCUCAUGGGGGGCACGUACAGGUGCCAGUACACCAGGAAGUGGUUCAGAAUGAUGUACCAUGAUCUCCAAGGAAACGGACGGCGAUCCCGUCAAAAUUCAGGCGGGGGUCGAGCGCAGCGGAAGAACAGCCAGGAGUCCUUCUGUAUUCAAGCUGAAAGGAAGCAGCGCUCUAGGCACAAUCAAUUCGUCAAAAUUGCUCAGCCCUACAAAUCCAAGGAGCCAGAUGUGUCUACCGAGUGGCCCGAGAGGAGAGGGCGGGUUGGGGCCGCCAUGGCGGAUGGCGACAGUGACAAGGGGUGCUUCCGCUACCCGUUCAGCGAGCUGCUGGUGUGGGCGGUCCUGAUGAAGCGCCGGAAGAUGUCACUCUUCUUCUGGCAGCACGGUGAGGAGGCCAUGGCCAAGGCCCUGGUGGCCUGCAAGCUGUACCGCAGCAUGGCCAUGGCGGCGAAGACCAGCAGCGUGGUCGACGAUAUCGCCGAUGAGCUGAAGGAGUACUCCAGUGAGUUUGGCGUACUGGCAGUGGACCUGCUGGAGCAGGCCUUCAGGGAGGACGAGACCAUGGCCAUGAAGUUGCUGACCUACGAGCUGAAGAACUGGAGCAGCUCCACCUGCCUGAAGCUGGCCGUGACCUCGUGCCUGCGCCCCCUGGUGGCCCACACCUGCACGCAGAUGCUGCUCUCCGACAUGUGGAUGGGCCGGCUCAACAUGCGCAAGAACUCCUGGUACAAGGUCAUUCUAAGUAUUUUGGUGCCACCGGCCAUCCUCUUGCUGGAAUUCAAGAGCAAUGCAGAGAUGUCCCACAUCCCCCAGUCACCAGUCGACCAUGAAAUGGAGGACAGCGAACACAAGUCCAGUAGAGCUUCGGACCACAUAGAAAUGGACGUGUUCAGGGAUGAGAAAGGAGUCUUUGUGGAAAAGCAUGAAACAGAGAGCUACGCUGAACCCAGGAAGUUGCCCCUGACAGCGAAGUUUUAUGAGUUUUACCAUGCCCCAAUUGUCAAGUUCUGGUUCAAUACGAUGGCAUACCUGACCUUCCUGAUGCUGUACUCCUAUGUGGUUCUGGUGCAAUCUGCCCCCCUGAGCACGCCAGAGGAGUGGGUCGUCAUCCUCUACGUCUUCACCUCUGCAAUUGAAAAAGUCAGAGCGAUGCUCUUGUCUGAAGCUGGAAAGAUACACCAGAAGGUGAAAGUCUGGUUCAGCGACUAUUUUAACAUGACGGACAGUUUUGCAAUAGUCAUGUUUUUGAUUGGCUUCGUAUUGCGAUGUUGGGUGGACACUGAGGAACACUCUCCUGGAAGACUGGUGUUCUGCCUGAACAUCAUUUUUUGGUAUGUGAGGCUCCUGGACAUUCUGGCUGUUAACCAAAAAGCCGGACCCUAUGUCAUGAUGAUUGGCAAAAUGGUCUCCAACAUGUUCUACAUAGUGGUGAUCAUGGCCCUGGUCCUGGUAAGCUUUGGUGUUCCCCGGAAGGCCAUCCUUUCCCCCAGUGAGGAGCCGGCGUGGAGGAUCCUCAGAGACGUGGUCUUCCAGCCCUACUGGAUGAUAUAUGGGGAGGUGUACGCAUAUGAAAUUUAUGCGUGUGCCAACGACAGUGUGGUGCCUCAGCUGUGUCACUCUGUGUCGUGGGUGACACCCUUCUUGCAGGCCGUCUACCUCUUCGUUCAGUACAUCAUCAUGGUCAAUUUGCUCAUCGCUUUCUUUAACAACGUCUAUGUGAACGUGGAGUCCAUGUCCAACCUGGUGUGGAAGUACCAGCGCUACCACUUCAUCAUGGUGUACCACGAGAGGCCAGUGCUGCCCCCGCCACUCAUAUCCCUCAGCCACCUGGUCACCCUGCUGUCCUGUUACUGCCGCCGGAGGACCAAGGGCAGCCGGGCUCAUGGGCCAAAGCUGUUUUUGAGUGAUGAAGACCAAAGGAAGCUUCAUGACUUUGAGGAGAGGUGUGUACAAGCCUACUUCCGUGACAAAAAUGACCGGUUUCACUCCAGCAAUGAGGAGAGGAUCAGGGUGACCUUCAACAGGGUGGAGGGCAUGUGUGUGCAGCUGAAGGAGCUCUCGGGCAGGGUGAGCUUCGUGAAGCAGACGCUCCAGGCCCUGGACUCGCAGAUCGGCCACCUGCAGGACCUGUCCGCGCUGACGGUGGACAUGGUGAAGGCACUGGCCGCCCGGGAGGCGUCUGAGGCGAGCCGCCUGCACCAGCACCUCGUGCAGCACAUCAGCCUGCCCAAGCAGCCGGGGCCCGGACCGAAAGGCGCCGACCUGCCGUUCGGAGCCGAGGGCCGUGCUGCAGAUACUCCAGAGCCCCGAGCCUUGGUUAGUGGCCCCGCCUCCUGGGCCGUGUCCUCCUCGGGACUCCACUGGACAGGACAGUUGCCCCAAUCUAGACCCCAGAGUGGUACCAGCUUGCCCAGGCCGUGCCCUCCCACUGACUGCAUCUUUCCCGCUGCUCAAUCCCCGCUCGCUGCCGAGAGCCAGCGGGACAUAAUGCCACAAAUGGACUUCAGGGUGUUUAACGCCGUGGAGCGUAAUAACCUGGUGCGACUGUCGCAGAGCAUCCCAUUCACCCCGGUGCCUCCUAGAGGCGAGCAUGUCACCGUGUACCACCUGGAGGAGAGCUCCCCCAUCACCCUGAGUCACAGCAUGUCCUCCUGGGCUCAGCAGGGCUGUGCUGCCCGGCUCGAGUUCCUCAGCAAAGAAGAGAUGGGAGGGGGCCUUCGCCGUGCCAUCAAGGCGCUCUGCACCUGGUCUGAGGACCCUGGGCUCUCCCCGGGCCACUUCUAUGUCGUCAAGUCCUUUCAGCCGGAGGUGGUGGGCGCUUGGCGAGGCAUCUACCCGGAGAACACCGUGCUGCACCUCUGUCUCAGGGAAAUACAACAGCAAAGAGCUGCUCAGAAAAUGGCUCAUGCCUUCAACCAGCUGAAGCCCAAAUCCAUCCCUUACUCCCCCAGCUUUCUGGAGGUGUUUCUGCUCUACUGCCAUUCGGCUGAGCAGUGGUUCACCAUGGAGGAGUGCAUUGUGGGAGAAUUCAGAAAAUUUAACAACAACAAUGGUGACGAGAUAAGCCCCUCAAGUCUGCUGGAGGAGACCAUGCUGGCCUUCAGCCACUGGUCAUACGAGUAUACCAGGGAGGAGAUGCUGGUGCUGGACCUGCAAGGUGUAGGGGAGAUUUUAACUGACCCUUCUGUGGUUACAAGUGGCGAGAAUGGAUCCCGUGCCAUGAUAUUCGGACCAGCCAAUCUGGGUGAAAAUGCGGUCAGGAGCUUCCGGGCCAAACAUCGCUGCAAUCCCUGCUGUCAGGAGCUGAAACUUCCUGAGAUUUAAACUGGAACAAUUACUCAGUUCAGGUGAUGGAUACCAAGAGACCACCUUGAUGCUCAGGAUCUUCACAAGCUGGAAUAGAAAAUGCUUGUCUGUUACCUUGACGACCUAAGUUCCUUAGGGACGGGGAGGCUGCCACGUGUGCCACCCAGAAAUAUGGAUCAGGGUUGUGCUCAGGCAUUUGCAGUGACUCUACUGGUUGUCAGGGAGACACUCAGAGUAACCUAUCAGUGUUUACAUUAUUUAAUGAUUCAGUUCUUGACCAAAAAAUGUGCUUAUGUUUUUAAAGGAUCAUGUAACUGAUUUUUACAGAUGUCAUGUAUAACAUAAAUGUAUAUCCGUUUCAUAAUAUGUAUAAUGAAAAUAUAAUUUUGUAUAAUUUAUUUUAGUAUUCAGUUGACUAUUGGGGCUGUUUUUUUACCUCAUUUUUCUUGUGUAAUGAAAGCAGCCUUUUUUCUUUUUAAGCAAAGACUGUUGAAAAGAGUGUGUGCUGUAAUGACCGCAUCCCACCCCCCCACCCCCCAAGUGACUCUAGGGCCUGUUGAGUCCUUUUUUAAAGAUUCUCUGAUGAAAUUUUUGCAGUUCCUGGUUGCCACUACAGCAACAGCAUAGAGUCUAAGCACCUUGCGCUCAAACCAUGAUUUUUAAAUUCUUUUGGAAAGCAUCUUACCUGAGUAAACUUCUCCUGUUAUGACAGAUGACUGUGACUCAUCGUGUACCCGCAGGUUGCAUUCCUGACUAAUAAUAGGAAGUCAGACUGUCACAUGAUUUUCAUUUGCGGAGGGGAAAACAUUUCAUUACAACUACUAAAACUCCUUGUUCAUGAGCUGAUUUUAAGCAGCCUGAUAAUCCACGGCUGGGACGGAACACAGACUUUCUGAUAGACACAAUACACCCCCCUAUCUAUAGACUGUUGAAUAAAAACCACCUGUGCUUUGUA